GUAUGUCGCACAAGCUCACACAAGCUUCUCAGGGUGCUUUGUAUUAUAAAUUGAAGACCCCAUCUUUGAGACAGAACCAGUGAUGGUCAAAUGCUCCCCAAUGAGCAAGAACUUGGAGACGGUGGGGUGGAAGAACUCAGUUUUAACAGGAAGAAACCUGCAGCAGGCUCAGGAAGGGGCAGCCGUCUGCUACACCGGUCAGUUGGUUGCUAAGUGGAGGAACGUAGAAAAAAAGAUGACACAGAGACACCAUGAACAGGAAACAACACAAACUAUGGGACAAUGUAGACAGAUGGUAAUGACAUGCAUUAGUGACGCAUGAAUGCGCGGGGAGUCGACAAAAGUGAGUGGAGAAUGGGACGUCCCCCAGCAGCCUGAGCCUAUAGCAGCAUAACUAAGGUUAUGGUGGUUAAGGGCCAACCCUAACUGUAAGGUUUAACCAAAAGGAAAGUUGUCAAGGUAGUCUGAUAGCACUGCAGCCAUUCCUGUUUGAAAACUCUUAUUUAACUUCCUACCUUCUCGUCAUGCAUGUAGUUUACCUACUUUUUGUGUUAUAUCUAUUAAAAUAACUGGGUAUCGGUGAACAUGUGUGCACUGUUUUUCUAAUCUUGGCUAAGGGAAGCAUGCAUGACUUGUAAAGUAGAAAAGUCUGUGGUUUUCAGGCUUGUGCUGACUAAUGGUGUCCACUUGAGAGUGGACACCCACAAUCUUGUGAGUCUUUGACUUUCAGCCUCUGUGGGUAAAUCUCUGUUUUCUGUGCCUGUAAACAACCAGCAUGGUAUCAAUAUAAAAACAAAACGCUCACAAAAAAAUGUUUUUGUCUUACCCAUACCCAGGAAGAGAGAAACUCUGAGCAGGGAGCAGUAUCAGAAAGUUCAUUGUCAUAACUGCUUCAUUUAUAUUUACAGCGUUAAAAGGCGUGAUGCUGCAGAAAGCACUUUAUGGACAAGCUGUUGUUUUAGCGUGCCUCAUAUAAAGAUAAAUCCAGGAUGGCUGUAACAGAUUCAGUUUCAGGUACACGUCUGUGGUUUGUAGUGUCUUUGACUGCAGACCUCACGCAGGCAUCGCCACACGCUGUCACAGUACAGGAAAUGAUGUCUCCUCCUACCAUAGGAGUGAGUCUUGCUGUUGAUGCAAGCACAUACUAGUACAGUUGGUAGGGUUGAACUGUUUUUUUUAUUUUGCCUGUUGCAGCAGUGCUUUGGCACACAGCCUUCGCCUUCAAUUGAUCCGCCUUAAAGUGAGGGUCAGAGGUCAAUCUGAGCCAUAGCAACAUGUCUGAAGCCACCAAGCCCCAACCUCAAGCUAAGGGGGAGAAGACCCCGAUCAGCGACACCAGCUAUGUGGGCAUCGAUGCCAUCCUGGAGCAAAUGAGGAGGAAGGCCAUGAAACAAGGCUUUGAGUUCAAUGUCAUGGUUGUGGGGCAAAGCGGCCUGGGAAAGUCCACUCUGAUGAACACGCUGUUCAAAUCCAAGGUGAGCCGUAAGUCUGUGCAGCCCAACGUGGAGGAGAGGAUCCCCAAGACAGUCGAGAUCAAGUCCGUCAGUCACGAUGUUGAAGAGAAAGGCGUUCGGAUGAAGCUAACAGUUAUUGACACUCCUGGCUUUGGGGAUCAAAUCAACAAUGAAAACUGCUGGCAACCCAUCAUGAAGUUCAUCAAUGACCAGUAUGAAUCCUACCUGCAAGAGGAAAUCAACAUUAACAGGAAGAAAAGGAUCCCAGACUCCAGGGUGCACUGCUGCAUAUACUUCAUACCUCCCACUGGCCACUGUCUUAGGCCUCUGGAUGUGGAGUUUAUGAGGCAUCUCAGUAAGGUGGUCAACAUCGUUCCUGUCAUUGCCAAGGCCGACACGCUCACCCUGGAGGAGAGGGACUCCUUUAAAAAGACGAUUAGGGAAGAGCUGCGAGCCAAUGGGAUCGAUGUUUAUCCUCAGAAAGAGUUUGAUGAGGAUGCAGAGGACAGGAUGAUCAAUGACAAAAUCAGGGAGAUGACCCCUUUUGCUGUGGUGGGCAGCGACCAGGAGUACCAGGUGAACGGAAAGAGGAUUCUGGGAAGGAAAACAAAGUGGGGCACCAUAGAGGUUGAGAACAUUGCACACUGUGAGUUUGCUUAUCUCCGAGAUCUCCUAAUCAGGACACACAUGCAGAACAUCAAAGACAUCACAUGCAGCAUCCACUAUGAGACGUAUCGUGUUCGCCGGUUAAAUGAAUCCAACAUCCUUUUCACCUCUAACCCGCCUGACCAUCCUGCUGUUCAGCCAAAGGCCAAUGGCCAGCCCGAGGAGCAGCCCGCCACCCCGCAGCCAAACGGAGUCGCUGCUCAGCACGAAGCCUUGUCCCACGAGAUGUAGAGGGUCUAAUGUGGAGCCAAAUUGCCAAUUUAUGAUAUCAGGACACAGCUUGGCACAAAGCGUACACUCUCUUGCAUAUAUUCUGUUUACAAAAACAAGCCCAGAUGUACACAAACACACACACACGCAUUCAUGCUGUGAAGAUCAUUUUUAUUACCAAGAAGGACUACCUAACUUCAUCUUUUAAUUUAUCAGGAAGUUACAAGAAACAGAGCGGAGAGUAAAUUCCGACAUUUUUCCAUCCAUGGAGCUGUUUUCUCAUCUUUUUACAUCAUUACAGUUGAAAGCAAAAUCACAUCCUCGCUGUGGGCCACAAUAUCAUACAGUGAUCUCUUUCUUUCUUACUUUCUUUUAGUUCGUUUUCCCGUCAUGAUAACUGUCAAGUCCAAUCUACAUUCAGGAUUGUUUACAGAAAUCCACAGAAGUCAUCCACACACACAGAUAAUCGAAAUUAUGGGUCGACAGAAGUGUUGGCGAGCCAAGGCUGCAGGAGAAAUGUCAUGUUGCAGAGUACAGUAGAGCUUUUGAGAUGCCAGUAGAUUAGCUCUAAACUACACCUAACUUAGUGCCACUGACCCAGUAAGACUUGUGUUGUGGUGUAUAGUAUUGUAUAGUCGCUAGGGUUAAGUAGGGAUAUGUAGAUUAGGCUUAUAGUGUUACAGAGAAAGUAAAGAUAUUGUUGACACCGCAUUGUAGAAUUAAACAGACAAGCGGUAGCAGUGUGGAGUAGCUUUUGGAAACAACGAGUCUUGUAAUUUUCCAGUGUUUUUAGGAUGUUUUUUAAAACCCUCCCCCCUUUUUUUUGCCAAACAAUAUUGUCUCUUUCCAUAUAAUGCCAAUGUUGUGUAAUACAGUCAUUUUGCAUUGCUCUUGUACUGUUGUAUUUUAAUUGCUAAUGUUCUAAUUUUAUUGUGUAAGAUGGGGGUGCAACUGUUAUCCCAUGCAGCCGUUUUGUCCUUUUUUUUUUCUGACCAAAUAAAAGUCCAUUUUCUUUUCUAAAGAGAAGCACAUACAGUAUACAGUAUAGAUCUGAUUUUAUCAAUAGGUAUUUAUGUGUGCGUUUAAUGUAAUCACUUUAAUUCAUCGUUGAUUCCAGCUGUUGGCUUCCGGUUUGUUGCAGGUCUUAACCAGUGAUGAUAAUUUAGAUUUAGAAUAUGUUUGGGUUUUUUGUAUCAUGCAGUAUUUUGUACGCUGUUUGUGAGACUUUACCGUACCUGGCAACCAGUAACUUUCCAAGAAUUGAUCAUUUUGUACAUUGAAUUUUAUUAUUUACAAUCAGUCAUGCCAACAAAUAAUGGGAAGACGGUGACUUUUACAUUGCAAGCUUACAUCAUUUCAUCAGCGGCAGAUGUUCUGCCACAACUGCGAGGGACAAUUUGUACCUAAAAGCCUGAAAUGAUACCUCUAAAUGUUGCCUGUCAUAUCAUAUGAUAUACAUCACGUGAUUAUAUUCUUUGGGGGGGAAAAAAGUAUUUUUAAAAGCUCAUGGGAUAUUUUAUAGAGACUACAUCUAAAUAUACCAUUCUAAUUUCCAAAAGAGAGUCAACAGUAUAAUUGAAGUCAAAGAUAUUUUCAUUACUUAAGAGUAAAGAGAAGAAAAACAAAACUAUUGUUUAUCAAGAGAAAGUUAUUGGGUUACACUGUUUACCGUUGUAUAGUUCUUGUGUAAUUUGUCAUGGUAUUAUAGAUCAAGGUUUAUCUUUGAUAUGCUAUCUCAAAGAAUAAAGAUUGAUAUUUUUAUUGUUUAA